AAUACCAGACCUGGAGGAAGAAGAUAAAUGAACAUGAAGAUGUGUGGAAAAGAAAUGUAGCAGAAGAAACGAGAACUAGACCCACAUGAAUUCUUCAAAAAGAGAAGUUAUGUUGAAAUUUGUUUUGAAAGAUGAUGCUGAUGAUGAGUGGAGGGAGGGGAGGCGGAGGAGGAUAUGAGGAGGAGGAGGAGGAAGAGGAGGAAGAAACAGACAUUGAAGAUGCAACUGAGCAUGUUGCCAAAGAUUCCCAAGCUCAUGGAAGUGCAAGUUUUGAAGUAUCAAAAGCUCAAGCUGCUGGUCAUAUUGAAUCUAGCCAUAGAGAAAUGACAAUUGGUAAGAAAGAUGCUGUGGAAGAAACACCUGGUUUUACUGUUUAUGUAAACCGAAGGCCAACAAGCAUGGCAGAAGUGAUCAAUGAUAUUGAAACUCAAUUCACAAUCGUAUACAAUGCAGCUAAAGAUGUUGCAGCAUUGUUAGAGGCCAAGAAAUCUCAAUAUUUGUUGACUUCUAAUGAACUUUCAGGAUCAAAGUUGUUGAACCCGGUAGCUCUGAUUCGAUCAGCUUCUUCACGCUCUUCUUCAUCACGGUAUUUGGUAAAUAGUUCAAGCACUGGCAAGGAAGGUUGUGAUGGCUCAAAGGAUCUCUCUGAGGAACAUUGUAUGUUAUCAGGUAGUCACCAUUCCACAUUGGACAGAUUAAAUACCUGGGAGAAGAAACUCUAUGAGGAAGUCAGGUCUGGAGAGCGUAUCCGAAUUGCAUAUGAGAAGAAAUGCAAGCAACUCAGGAACUUUGAUGCAAAAGGAGAGGACCCCUCUUGCGUAGAUAAAGCAAGAGCAGCCAUUAGAGAUCUUGAUACCCAGAUAACAGUUUCAAUACAUUCAGUUGAAGCUAUUUCAAGGCGAAUCGAAACUCUAAGGGAUGAAGAGUUAUAUCCCCAACUUCUUGAAUUGGUGCAAGGGCUGGAAAGGAUGUGGAAAGUGAUGGCAGAAUGCCAUCAGAAACAGAAGAGAACCUUGGAUGAAGCUAAGAUUCUUCUAGCUGGCACUUAUUCCAAACUACAUGCUAGAAAACAGUCUUCCAUGUUAAUGACGGAUCCAAACAGGCUAGCUCGUUCAGCCUCCAAUCUUGAAUUUGAGUUAAGGAACUGGAGAAACGCCUUUGAGUCAUGGAUCACUUCUCAAAGAUCCUACAUUCAUGCACUAACUGGAUGGCUUCUGCGGUGCAUGAGAUCUGAGCCCGAUGCAUCCAAGUUGCCAUGCUCUCCUCGAAGGUCAAGUGGCACUCACCCUUUGUUUGGACUCUGUGUUCAAUGGUCAAGACGCCUGGAUGCCAUAAAUGAAAAGGCAGUGCUUGAUGGCUUAGACUUUUUUGCAGCUGGGAUGGGGUCCCUCUAUGCACAUCAGUUGAGAGAAGAUUCUAGGAGAAACUCGUUUGGACCAAAACAAAGUAAUGGUAAUAUGGAACUAGUGGAAGCUGGUGAGGUAGAAGAGGUAAUGGCUCCAGAGAAACUUGCUGAAGUUGCUAUUAAGGUGCUUUGUGCUGGAAUGUCUGUUGCUAUUAGCUCACUGGCAGAGUUUGCUUUGGAUUCUGCUGAGGGAUACAAUGAAGUUGUUAAGCAAUGGGACAAUGUCAAGUGUCAAAAUACUGCUUCUAGCAACACCAGGACAUAGCUGUCUCACAUUUUGUGUUAAUUAGUUUAGGUUUGUUUAGAAAAAUGGGUGUCUUAGAAUGUAAUUAUGUAUUUAACUAACCAGUAUAAAAGGUAGAAUAGCAAGGGCAAUUGCACCCAAUAUUUUGUUAUAA